ACUGGGAAUAUGCCCGGUUGUAUUAGACUAUUUUCGUCGUGGAGAUAUUAUUUGUGAAGUAUUCCUUGCCUAGCUCUCAACCACUGUUUCCUCCAUAGCUAUUUGUUCUGCAGAACGGUUAGCAAAUAUCCGUUUGGGCGGUGUAACACAAGUCCGUCUGCCUUUGAAGUCGUGUCAAGGCUAUAUAGGUGUUCGUCAUGCGUCUCAACGAUACCCGUUCCGAGUACACUAGUUGCUUAUUAUAUGUCUUACCCUUGACAUCAUGUCUCGUUCUGGGGUGUGGUAGGCACACUUACACCAAUGAUAUAUAUAUACUAAAUAUGCCCGAAUGAUGGUACCGGCACGCCUUGGGUAUAAAGACUGAGAAAUCCACCCAUUUACAUAAAAUUAUCUUAACAAGAAACUAUAUUUAUCAUGGCUAUUUAUCACAUACGGGUCCGGAACUACCAUUGGGCCCAUCAAAAUAUUGUCGUCCAAUCUCCUAUUCUCAAUCUCGACACUUACGCACCAGCACUAAUCGUUCGACCCCUGGAAGGCGUUAAUAUAAAUGAACCUCGGAUCAUCAAUAACGUCUCUGAUCUGAAUGACGAUAUCUUGGAAGACGAGUAUCAGGCUGAGGCACAUGGAGUAUUCAUCUCAACAGACCAUCAGAGAACAGACCACUUCCCCGUCUGGGUAACCGUACAUGGCCACGAAUGCGGGGAGAACAAGGUCCAUGUUGCCAACUUGACGGCAUUUGAAGCCUCUAGCGUUUCCAUAACGGACGUUUGCUGGAUUCCCCGCUUGGAGGCUCCUGAUGGCAGUUUAUAUACGGCCAUCGGUGCCCCACGGAAAACCUUCAGAACGAUACAGGUUCUAGCUAUCAUCCAGCAAUUGGGGAAACCCAGAGAGGCCAGAUUAGUUCUCGUUGACCCGGGCAAACUCGAUAGUUACAAGAAGAUUGGUGACGACCAAAAAAGGAAUAUAUUCGAUAUUCAACAUACAGCUAUCCGAACAAAUUCUAAGCCUUCAGAACCCCUCCUAGACGCCUAUCGCGUAUUUGCUUCUCCCUAUAGGCAUGACUAUGGCCGACUUACAUUGGGAGAAAUCAUAGAAGAGGAUCUUGAGAUUCCUCGAUCCUCCAAUUCCGACUGCGGCUCUCAAGGUCUCUCGGAUAGCUCGGAUGACGAUGAUGAUUCUCUCUAUACCAAACCCAGAUACGUUUCAAUAGUAGACGCUAAGACUCGUCCAUAUGAUUGCGAUUGCAAAUACGCUGAUCUUCUCCCUACGUGCUUCAACCCGCGCCCAAGCCAUCGGCAUCGUACAGAUGACGAGUGCUUUCUCGGAUCGAGCCACAUAAAACACUGUAUAUUCGCGGACCACGCACCAGAUUGUGUCAUCUCCAGUUCAAAGGAGAUCCAUGAACAUUGUAUCCAUGCUCCCCCGUGGGAGGUAAAUCAACCCGACUCGGAGGGGUAUUUCGAGGAAUCUUAUAACGCUGACGCCGACAUCUUGUUCGAAAAGGCGGAAAUGGGCGUAAAUGAUACUCUUAGCCCUACGGAUCCCGAAUCGACUACUACUGACUUACUAUUCAUGGAUUUCUAGGUUUGAGUUGUAUUCACCUGCCGCAACAAGCUAGAUACUAUGGAACGACCCUACGUACCGGGC